AUGGAAGAAGCAAACAACAUGAUGGAAUACAGUGUGUUAGGUGAAGAUGAAAUCCAAAACAUGGCAAAAAUGGUGAAGAAAGCCUACACCUCGAGCAGACAAUGUCAAAGAGGAAAUGUCCCAAACGGAAUGAAACGGCCAAAUUAUAAAUUCGAAGAAAAUGAUGAAACCAACGAUCACCGAAACCAACGAUUACUGAUCAGGGAAAUAAUGACUGGGUAAAACCUUCUACGUAGACACUUCCCAAAAAUGUUGUCAACCACUUUUGGCCCUAUAGAUCAAUUCGACAUAAUGCGGGGGGAUUUUGUCCAAAUUCUGCACAAUGGAAGCUUGCAUUGGGUGUGUGUGACCAACGUUUCUUGCUAUUCUGACUGUUAAUUUAUUUGACAGCAUGUUUUCGAGGUCAAUUGCAACAUCUGUAAAAGAACAAAUCGCGGCCAUGUUAUAUGAGCUUGAUAAGGAUGAAAUUGACGUGAAUGUUCAACCUGUGUUGCAGCAGACGAACUCCACAGAUUCUGGAGUAUUUGCACUAGCAUUUGCUACAGCAAUUUGCUUGGGUUACAAAGGUAGUCAUUGUCACUUCGACAUGGAGAAAAUGUGGUCUCACCUUUCAAAAUGCAUGGAGGAAGAAGGUAUGGAAAUGUUUCCAAGCGCCGCCCUAUGGAACAACCCAAGGCAGUGA